CAGGCGGCGGCGAGCGGCUACUGACCCGGAGGCCCAGGCAGCAGCGGCGGCAGCAGCGGUUGGUUAGGGGCGUGUCGGCCCCGCACGGAUUGAGCCGAGUUGUUGCCCUAGUGGGAGAAGUGACUGUCCUGCGCCUGAUACUGUCACGCGUGUCCAUGUGAAGAGACCACCAAACAGGCUUUGUGUAUCAUCUCAUUUAAUUUUUACAGCAGCCAUAAGAAGGAAAUGGUCAUAUCACAUUUUACAGAUCAGAACACUGAGGCUCAGAGAAGUUAACUACUCCAAAGUCAUAUAGCCAGUAUUUUCUGGAGCUGGAAUUCAAAUCAGAUGUGUUCAAUACCUUCUACUACCCCAUUGCUGUCUUUAUGAAAAGAAAUUUCAUUUCAACAUAGGUGACUAUGCAGCCUGCAAUUCAAGUAUGGUUUGGAGAAGAUCUGCCUCUAAGUCCUCGGAGUCCUCUGACCCCCAGACAUGGACCAGGAUUGGCUAAUGUUUGUCAGUAUGAUGAGUGGAUAGCUGUGAGGCAUGAAGCCACUCUGUUGCCCAUGCAAGAAGAUCUAUCAAUCUGGUUAUCUGGUUUAUUAGGUAUUAAAGUUAAGGCAGAAAAAUUAUUGGAAGAACUUGAUAAUGGAGUACUACUAUGUCAACUGAUUGAUGUUCUUCAAAACAUGGUGAAAACAUGCAACUCUGAAGAAUCAGGGAAUUUUCCAGUGAGAAAAGUGCCCUGUAAGAAAGAUGCUGCAUCAGGUUCAUUCUUUGCUCGGGACAAUACCGCAAACUUCCUUCAUUGGUGUAGGGACAUUGGGGUUGAUGAAACUUACCUCUUUGAAUCUGAAGGUUUAGUUUUGCACAAAGAUCCAAGACAGGUGUAUCUUUGUCUUCUUGAAAUUGGUCGAAUUGUGUCAAGAUAUGGGGUUGAGCCACCAGUGUUAGUAAAACUUGAGAAAGAAAUUGAGUUAGAAGAGACCUUGCUUAAUACUUCUGGGCCUGAAGAUUCCAUCACCAUUCCAAAAUCGUGCUGUCAGCAUGAAGAGCUACAUGAAGCUGUUAAACAUAUUGCUGAGGAUCCUCCUUGUAGUUGUUCUCAUCGAUUUUCUAUUGAGUAUUUAUCUGAAGGACGGUACCGACUAGGGGAUAAAAUACUCUUUAUAAGAAUGCUUCAUGGAAAACAUGUCAUGGUUCGUGUUGGUGGAGGCUGGGAUACUCUUCAAGGAUUUUUGCUUAAAUAUGACCCCUGUCGAAUAUUACAGUUUGCCACACUAGAACAAAAAAUUUUAGCCUUUCAAAAAGGAGUUUCUAAUGAGAGUGUACCUGAUUCGCCCGCCAGAACGCCGCAGCCUCCUGAAAUGAAUCCUUUGUCAGCAGUUCACAUGUUUCAGAAACAAAAUUCAAAACCCAGCAUGCCAAAAAGCAAAGAAAAACAGGGACGUCCACCAGGUGCAUUGGUGCCACCAUCUUCACUGAAAGGAGGUAAUCUGGGCCCUAUGUCAGUCCGUUCUAAAUUGCCAAAUUCUCCCGCAGCAUCGUCUCAUCCCAAGCUCAAGUCUUCAAGAGGCAUAACAAAGAAACCGCAGCCUCCUUCCAACAAUGCAUCAUCUUCACUUGCUUCAUUAAAUCCAGUAGGUAAAAAUAUUUCUUCACCAGCUUUACCAAGAACUACACCUUGUAUAUCUGAGUCACCAAGAAAAUGUAUUGCAUCCCCCAGUACCCCUAAGGCCAAGGUUAUUCCAGCCCAGAAUUCAACAGAUCUGCCUGAGUCCACACUUUUGCCAAAUAAGUGUUCUGGAAAAACUCAACCUAAGUAUUUGAAACAUAAUCAUAUUUCUUCCAGAGAUAGUGCAGUAUUUCACUUAGCUGCACAUUCAAAUUCAUCCUCAAAGUGUCCUAAGCUACCUAAAGCAAAUACACCUGUAAGACCUAAACCUUCUUUCCAGUCCUCUGCAAAAAUGACAAAAUCCAGUUCCAAAAACAUAGCCACGGGUCUAGGAACACAGUCUCAACCAUCCGAUGGUGCCCCACAAGCAAGGCCAGUCCCAGCACAGAAACUUCAAUCGGCCUUGAAUUUAAAUCAGCCAGUUUCUGUGUCCUCAGUUUCUCCUGGAAAAGCUACACAGAAAUCAAAAGAUAAGAAUAUAGUUCCAGUUACCAAAAAGCAGCCUCAGAAUAAAAGUACUUUUCAGAAGACAGAACCCAGCUCCUCGAAGUCUCCUGGCCGAACCCCACUGUCCAUCGUGAGCCUUCCCCAGUCUUCUACCAAAACACAAACUGCGCCGAAGGUAGUACAGACUGUCGCUAAGGGCCAGCAUUCAACUAAAGGGCCUCCCAAAAGUGGCAAAACCCCAGCUUCAACCAGGAAACCACCCUUACCUGUUAAGGAUGCAGAUAGUGGAGAUAAAAAACCUACUGCAAAGAAAAAGGAAGAUGAUGACCAUUAUUUCGUCAUGACCGGAAGUAAGAAACCUAGAAAAUAAAUACAUAGUCAUUAUAAAAAAAGAGAAAAAGAAGAGUGAAUGUGUUAGCUUCACAUCUUAAAAGUUUCUCCUGUUUGUGUCUGUCUAAAUAGGUGCAGACACUAAGGAUAGUGAGGAUGGAGGUUGGGAUGAGGAAAGGGUUCAUCAGAAUUCACAUACCUGAAUUCAGAAGGAGCCCUUCUGAAGCAAACAGUUGUAAAAUCACUGCAAGGUUUUUAUUAAUAAGAGACAUGUAUAUGAUUUUCAGUCUAUAGCAUCUUUGUUAACAUCUGCCUGUUGCAGGAAAUGUAAAAGUUACUUAACACUACAAGAAUUUUAACAAUAGUUGCUCUAUUUUUGAAUAUGUAUUAAAUAUGGAGUUCAUAUACCUGCUAAUAUCAACGAUGGUGCUCUUACUAUUAGGUCAUUGCAUUUUGGUUUAAAACAAAAACAAAAAAAAAACAACGGUUUGGCACUUGUCCCACAAAAG